AUUGAUUUUUUGUUUCCAAAGACUCUGAACUUCUAAGAAGCUCUAAAACCUCAGCGAAGAAGAAAAGGAGAAACAAUGGAAGCACCGAAGCCGAUUCAACACGAAAUCGGAGGGAUUCAGAAGGACUCGCUCCGAUUUGGUCUCAACGGCGUCAAGAGUGACCUUGUUGGAUCUCAUCCUCUCGAAAUCGCAUAUGAAUCUGCAAGGAAGAAUGAACAGGAGAUGAAGAGGAGAAUCUUAGCUACCACCUAUGGAAGUGCAUUCCCAUUGAAAAUGGAUAUGGAUAGGCAAAUUGUUGCACGCUUUCAAAGGCCUCCAGGCACAAUCCCUUCUUCCAUGUUAGGUCUGGAAGCCAUGACAGGAGACUUGGAUAGCUUUGGAUUGGAGGAUAAAUAUUUAUACUUGAAUGGUCCACAACAAUCAGAGACUUUCAGGCCUCCAAACAUGCACCAUGGCAUGGAAGUACAACUAGGCAUCUCCAGGGGACCAGUCUGCCCAUGCUUUAUCUGAUUUCCACCACUAAUUGAACUCCUUGGAUGCAUUGGAAGGAAAUGUUUUACACCGUCCUACUGUUGCUGGAUUUUUAUUUUAUUUUAUUUUAUAGCUCCGCUACCGUAGCUCAUUUCCGAGUUCAGACCCUUCUCUUCUGCCUUGUUCUCUGUGAAAAUGAUAUUUCAUACGAUUAUGGCUACUGCUGCUAUUGAUAUUCAGAGAAUUUCCUUUUGUAAAAGUGUCGUACACUUUGAACUUCGAAAAUUUUCGGAUUACACAAUUCUAACUCAUGGAUAAAAGUGGGGUUUCUUU